AUGCUUCUCAGAACGUAAACACAAGAGCUCGGGUAAAAACAGAAAAGUAGGAAAGUUGUAGAUUUCUUCAGUUGGUGCAUAAUAUUUAGUACAUAGUUGGGUAAUUUAAUGUAAAUAUAAAUGGUUACCCGUGUAUGUUCGCAACGCGGCCGUGUCAGUUUAAUACUGAGUUAAAAUUACGUAAGCUAACCCACCUUUAGCCUGAUAAGUUAUUUUAUAGCCUGUUCAUAUCUAAUCUCCUCCUGGUGGAGAACAGGAGGGAAAAUGAACGGCCAUGGAGCAGGGAGAGCUUCAUGGAGAGGUGGAGGGGGUUCCUGGAGAGGUGGAGGGGGUUCCUGGAGAGGUGGCAAAAGCAAAGAGUCUGGUGGAGGUGGAAAUAAUGGCUGGAGAGGAGGAGGAAGAUGGAAUGGAGGAAAUAACAGAGGCUGGAGAGGUCGUACGUGGGGACGAGGAGGAGGCAAUUAUUCACCCAAUAACACACAACGUGGUGCAGCAAUUUCUUCGCCAGUUCCUCGUGCAACACAAGCAACACUUGACAUAACUUGUCCUUACAAAGGAUGGAGGCUCUACUUUACAGAAGGUUUUAUUGAAUCGUCCCCUUAUGUUGAGAAGAUAAAGGCAUUUGAAAAAUACUUCACUUCACAAAUACAUCUUUACGACAAGGAUGAAAUUGAAAGAAAAGGCAGCAUAUUGGUGGACUACAAAGACUUGCUUGUGAACAAACAUAUUUCCAUAGCACUACCUGAUCUUGCACGUGAGCUUAAAGACAUGCCCGAAAGGAUACUUGACUGCUUGGGUCUAGCAAUUCAUCAGGUGUUGACGAAGGAUCUGGAAAAACACGCUGAUGAGCUACAAGCCCAGGAAGGGCUUCCUGCAGGCGCAACCCCCAUUAUCAAUAUACCACACAUAAGUGCUAGGAUUUAUAACUAUGAGCCUCUCACUCAUUUGAAGAUGCUCAGAGCCAAUUUGUAUGGCAAAUUUGUGGCUAUCAGAGGGACUGUAGUGAGAGUUAGCAACAUCAAACCUCUUUGCAGCAAGAUGGCAUUCAUCUGUAACAUGUGUGGAGAUACCCAAAGUCUGGCUCUGACUGAUGGGAAAUACACUGUACCCACCAAGUGUCUACAAAAAGAAUGCCGUGGAAGAUCUUUUACCCCAAACAGAAGUUCACCAUUAACGCUAACAGUUGACUGGCAGACUAUAAAGGUUCAGGAGCUGAUAUCAGAUGACCAGCGUGAAUCAGGACGUAUUCCCCGGACCAUAGAGUGUGAACUCACUCAGGAUUUGGUGGACAGCUGUGUACCAGGAGACAUGGUCACCAUCGCAGGAGUUAUUAAAGUCUCUAAUGAAGAAGGAUUUGGAAGAAAUAAAAAGGACAAGUGCAUGUUUCUUUUAUAUAUCGAAGCAAACUCUCUCAGUAACUCAAAAGGGCAAAAAAACAAGUCUUCAUCUGAGCCUGAAAGCCAGGAGACAUCAGUAGAAUUUUCGCUCAAAGAUCUGUACGCCAUCCAGGAGAUUCAAGCACAAGAGGAUCUCUUUAAAUUAAUUGUCAAUUCUCUUUGUCCAGCCAUCUAUGGGCAUUUGCUUGUUAAGGCAGGAUUAGCCCUGGCUUUAUUUGGAGGCUGCCAUAAAUAUGUGGAUGAUAAGAACCGAAUCCCUAUAAGAGGAGACCCACACCUGCUUGUAGUAGGAGAUCCUGGACUUGGCAAAAGUCAAAUGUUACAAGCAGUUUGUAAUGUCGCCCCACGUGGUAUUUACGUUUGCGGAAACACCACCACCACUUCAGGCCUGACUGUCUCCCUGUCCAGGGACAGUGGUUCUGGAGACUAUGCGCUAGAAGCUGGAGCAUUAGUGUUAGGAGAUCAGGGUAUCUGCUGUAUUGAUGAAUUUGAUAAGAUGGGGAAUCAGCACCAGGCAUUGUUGGAAGCUAUGGAGCAGCAGAGCAUAAGUUUAGCCAAAGCUGGAAUUGUCUGUACUCUUCCAGCUCGCACCUCCAUCAUUGCAGCAGCUAACCCGGUGGGAGGACAUUAUAAUAAGGCUAAGACAGUAUCUGAAAACCUGAAAAUGGGCAGUGCACUGCUAUCCAGAUUCGAUCUGGUUUUUAUUCUUCUGGACACUCCAAACGAGGAUCAUGACCACAUGUUGUCAGAGCACGUCAUGGCUAUGCGUGCAGGAAAGAAAGGCAUGAUUAGUGGUUUGACAGCCACACGGGGCUGCACACAGGAGUCCAACAUAUCCAUUCUGGAGAUUCCCUCAAACCAGCCUCUUUCAGAUAGACUUAAGGUUCUUCCUGGAGAGAAUUUUGACCCAAUUCCUCACCAGCUGCUGCGCAAGUAUGUAGGCUAUGCACGACACUAUGUGCACCCCAGUUUGUCAAUUGAAGCCGCUCAGGUCCUACAGGACUUUUACCUGGAACUGCGCAAGCAGAACCAAUCAGCUGACAGCACUCCGAUCACAACUCGCCAGCUGGAGUCGCUCAUCCGUCUUACCGAGGCAAGGGCACGUCUUGAGCUUCGAGAAAAAGCUACUCAAAGUGAUGCAGAGGAUGUGGUGGAGAUCAUGAAACACAGUUUAACAGAUACCUACUCGGAUGAAUUUGGUCGGCUGGAUUUUGACCGAUCUCAGCUCGGGUCUGGGAUGAGCAACAGAUCCAAAGUCAAGAAGUUUGUUGCAGCUUUAAACCAAAUCGCUGAGCGCACACACAAAACCUUGUUUGAAUUUCAGGAUCUGCGACAGCUGGCUAAAGACCUCCAAGUUCAGGUUGUCGAUUUUGAAGGCUUUAUCAGCGCACUUAAUGAACAAGGCUACCUGCUAAAAAAAGGAACCAGAACGUACCAGCUGCAAACCAUCUAAAAAAAAUCUAUAUGUUUGAUUAAUAUUUUUAUCUAUUCUUGUUUCUACAGAGAAUAUUUUUUGUCUUGUUUGUUACAUAUGUUACAGACACAUAUUU